CUGGAAGCUAUAGCAGCUACUAGAUCGAUCUGCUAUAUAUCUGUCUGCCUAUCUCAACAGACCCCGAUCAGUGAGUGCUCCAGAUCAGAGCUCGAACACGACGACGACAAUGGCCUCCGGCGGGCCGUCGUCUAACUCUAACAGGGGCUCGUCCCGCGUGUGGACGCAGCGGCAGAACAAGCAGUUCGAGUGCGCGCUGGCGGUGUACGACAGGGAGACCCCGGACCGGUGGCACAACGUCGCCCGCUACAUGGGCGGCGCCAAGUCCGCCGACGAGGUGCGCCGCCACUUCGAGCAGCUCGUCGCGGACGUCGCCGAGAUCGAGGCCGGCCGCGUCCCCUUCCCACGCUACGGCGCCGCCACCGCCGACGACGCGGCCAGCAGGUCCAAGUAUCUCAAGUUCCAGUGA